AUGGGCCCCACCCCGUGCGGCGUCGACGGAGUCAACUUCGCGCUGUACUCCUCGCGCGCGAAGACGGUGGACCUCCUCGUGUACUUCGACCCGACGUCCACGUCGAAGCACCCGUCGCUGCGCGGCGCGUUCUCACGCUGGUUCCCGUACGACCCCAUCAACAAAACCGGGGACGCGUGGCACGUCCGGCUGGACGGGAUCCCGCGCGGCGGCGGCGUCGACCCCGUCACCGGCGCCGUCGCGCCGCUCGUGAGGUACGGGUACGUCAUCACCGGACCGGACCCGCCGCAUAAGUACGACCGGUGGCAUCCGGACGUGCUCCUCUGCGAUCCGUACGCGCCGUUGAUAGAGGGGCGUCGAGUGUUCGGCGACGAUAACGCGCGCCAAAACGGGGAGAAGGGCGUGAGCACGUCCGCGAUCGACUUCGACGCGCCCGCGUUCGAUUGGGAGGGCGUGACCCCGCCCGGUCGGCGGCCGGAGGACCUCGUGAUUUACGAGCUCACGCCCAGGGCGUUCACGCGAGACGCGAGCUCGGGCGUGGAGGAGAGCAAACGCGGAAGCUUCUUGGGCAUCGCGGAAAAGGCGAAGCACCUCGUCGACGCGGGCGUCACCGCGGUGGAGCUCCUCCCGGUGUUUCACUUCGACGAGAUGGAAUUUCAGCGCGCGAAGAACCCUCGAGAUCACAUGCUCAACGUGUGGGGGUACAGCACGAUGGCGUUUUUCGCGCCGAUGACGACGUACGCGAGCGCCGGCGCCGGCCCGGCGGCGGCGUCUCGGGAGUUUAAACACAUGGUCAAGACUCUGCAUCAACACGGGAUCGAGGUUUUGUUGGACGUGGUGUACAACCACACCGGCGAGGGGAGCAGCUACCCGUUCUCGUUCCGAGGGAUCGACAACUCGACGUACUACAUGAUGGAGGACAGCAAGCACCCGUAUAAAAAUUACACCGGAUGCGGGAACACGUUCAACUGCAACCACCCGGUGGUUCAAAACCUGGUGCUGGACUCGCUCAGGCACUGGGUGAACGAGUACCACGUCGACGGCUUCCGGUUCGACCUGACAUCGUGCAUGUGUCGAGAUCAGAACGGCACGCCGAUGGUGUCCCCGCCCGUGAUUCGCGCCAUCGCGAAGGACCCGACGUUGGCGCGGUGCAAGCUCUUCGCCGAGCCGUGGGACUGCGGCGGGUUGUAUCAAGUCGGGAGCUUCCCGAACUGGGACCGGUGGGGGGAGUGGAACGGGAAGUACCGCGACGCGAUCCGGAGGUUCGCGAAGGGCGACGGCGGCCUGAAGAAAGAGUUCGCGCAGAGGAUAAGCGGGUCGUCGGACAUGUAUCGCGUGAACGAUCGCAAGCCGUACCACUCGUUGAAUUUCAUAACCGCGCACGACGGAUUCACGCUGCGAGAUUUGGUGUCGUACAACUCCAAGCGCAACCACGCGAACGGCGAGAACGGCCGCGACGGCGCGAACGACAACGAGUCCUGGAACCACGGGCACGAGGGCGACGACGGCGCGUCCGACGCCGUGCGCGCGACGCGGUGGAGGCAGAUGAAGAACAUGCACAUGAUGCUGAUGUGCUCUCAGGCGCGUUCUAUACACUGGUCCCCAUACGACCGCGGGACGCCGAUGGUGUUGAUGGGAGACGAGUACGGGCACACGCGCGGGGGGAACAACAACACGUACGGCCACGACAACCACCUGAACAACUUCGACUGGAACGCGCUGGAGAGGACGCGCGGGGAGUACUUCCGGUUCUGGUCCGGGAUGGCGAAGUUUCGCGUGGAGCACCCGCUGUUGGGCCGCGCGGAUUUUUUACGCGACGACGACGUGACGUGGCACGAGGAUAACUGGGACAACGAGGAGUCGCGGUUCAUCGCGUUCACGCUUCACGACCGCGGCAGCGGCGGGAAGGGGGAUCUGUACAUCGCGUUCAACUCGCACGAGUUUUUCGUGGACGCCGCGCUGCCGCCGCCGCCGGGGGGCACGUCGUGGUGCCGGAUCGCGGACACGAACCUGCCGUCUCCGGAGGAUUUCACGCCAGAGGGGAAGGCGGGAGUGGGCGCGCGGUACAACGUCGCGCCGCGGGGGGCGCUGAUGUUGAUGGCGAAGUGAGCGAGCGAGGAGGAGGAGGAGGGCGAAAUAGUCCCUCCCUCGCGCCCGCCCCGACGUGUUGAUUGAUUGAUUGAUUCGUG